CCAAACAGACCCUUUGGCCCCCAGUGGCCAUUUGAGCGCAAUUAAUCCUAAUCUGAUCCCGGUUCCUGUGGUACACAUAAUAAUCUUCCCGUUGGCACUCCUUGCAGUUGCAGUCGAAGGACACGCACCGAGCUCUCCGUCUAUGUGCAAGCAAGCGCGCGCGUAGUUGGUAUAGCAGAGUCGGGUGUUGGCUGCAAGGAGUACAUUGAAUUCAGGGAUGCUGGGGAAAUCAAUGGCUUCUGCUCUUUUGACCUUCGGUUCUGCAACAUCCUAUUACUUUUAUUCCGAUGUAGUGGCCGUUACAUUUGCAACACCUCCUCCUCCCAGAAAGAAAAGGGAACUGAUAUUGAUUUUAGCAUCUCAUGAAGGGUUAAUGGGGUGCUCCAGCACGCUCCUGUUGGGAAAUUUUAGGCAAACUCACUAGGUUUUUUAUGCAGUAAGGAGCGCAACUGCAUUCACCUGAUCUUGCAACUGCUAAGCCAAAUAUCAUGCAGUUAAAUAUGAACUUCUCCAAUGGUCUUCCACCAGAUGUGCUCAGGGGAGCUUGGUCCACCAAUUAUUCUCCUAGGAAGUGGGUAAUACAUUCAACUACACAAAUUGAAAGUUUAGCCUUGAGUGAUGAAGAUAGGAAGAUGUGGCAAGCUAGUAGGCAGGCCCUAUCUGCAUUUAAUUUCAGUAUUGAGGAGGAAGACAAGAUACUUGGAAAAGCAUUUGGCCAGCUUCAUUCCCCAUACUGGGGUGAAGACCGUAAAAAAGAAGUACCAAAAUCCGAAACUGUAAAUGAGAUAUUGGACUAUCUUAGGGCUUUAAGCCUUUCGGAUGACGAUCUCGGCAAGUUGCUGAAAAAAUUUCCUGAAGUUCUUGGAUGUAAUCUUGAACAUGAGUUAAAAACCAAUGUGCAGGUCUUGGAAAAGGAAUGGGGUAUUAAACGGAAGUCACUUCGUAACCUUCUUCUCCGAAACCCGAAAGUACUGGGUUAUAAUGUGGAUUGUAAGGGAGAUUGUAUGGCACAGUGCACUCGAUGCUGGGUUCGGUUUUAGCUGUCUCACACAUCACACUCUCUUUUAACUUUUUUUCCUUUUUUUU